UCAAUGAAAAUGUAAAACAGAAGAAAUCAUUGAAAGUUUGCAGUCAACCCCCUAUGGGCAUGGUGAUUGUGCUACUCAUCAAAAAGGUCCAACGAGCCCAGGAAAAGGUGAGAUAACAUAUUUAAUUUGUUAUUUUAACGUAAAUUAGUAUUAGUGCUUUGAAAAUGUCUUAUAUUUCGAAUAUUAGAGAAUUUGUAUCAGAGUAUUUUAGGCAAGUGGUGGAAGUGUGAGUACAGGGAGGCUUGUAUUUCAAUUUUGACAAGGUAGGAAAUUCAAAAUAAUAAUAAUAAUAAUGAUUUUAAUUAUAAACUGAGUAAUGGUUUGUGCAUCCCUGCUGUACCUCCCUACACAAACAUUCGUUAAUACCCCCCCCCCACCAGCUUUUUAUCUGUCUGAACUUUAAAUGAACUUUAAAAAUUAACCAAUCAGUGCACAAGAAAUCACAUGUUUAAUUAAUACUUUCAGUUGGCCACAGUAAGGGAACGAUGCAAGGACAUAACACAUGAGUUGGAAAAUAUUCCUGUGAGUAUAAUCUUGAUUCCUUAUUGGGGUUGUUUUACCAGCACUGGUAAGUGUGCAGCAAAAAACUGCUGUGCACAACUUCUGACUGUAGGUUUUCAUUAGUUAGUAGAUGGAUGAGAAGAAAAAAUAUUUCUACAAGUUAAAAUUUGGUGGACUGGCCACUUAACACAGAGCCAGUACCAGAAUGACAGCCAGUGCCAGCCUUCUAUGCCAGUGCCUGGGCAAGAAACCUGAGUGUGUGCCUGUGUUCAUCUGGUUAGUCAGAAGACUGUCAUAAAUGACAGUGUCUCUAAAUUGUAAACAUUAAAAUAUCAAAUGCAAGAUAUAAGUUGGUAUAGACAGUUCAACUCAUUCAAGAACAAAGACUCUCUCUCUCUUUUAUUGUCAUUUUUUGUUUGAGACUUUAUCUACAUACAUACCAGUAGUAAGAGUUUUAAGAAUGGCAAGUUUUUCAGUAAGUGGAAUCUCAAUGCCUGGCACAGGCUGCGAAUGUCAAAUUCCUUAUACUGCCAGGCUUCAGGAAGAUGUGGAUAGAUUGCAGAAAGAAAAAAUAUUUUUGCAAGUUAAAUUUUGGUGGACUGGCCACUUAACACAGAGCCAGUACCAGAAUGACAGCCAGUGCCAGGGCAAGAAACCUGAGUAUGUGCCUGUGUUCAUCUGGUCAGUCAGAAGACUGUCUUAAAUGAUGGUGUCUCUAAAUUGUCAAAAUAAACAUCAAAAUAUCAAAUGUAAGAUAUGGUGAGAUAAAAUUGUUGUGUUCAGAUCUAUUUUGUUUACAAUUUUGGUCUGACCCAACCACUUCUUAUUUUAAUAAAUGUGUUACUACCCAGUGUCUAAUUUAAUUGAAUUAUAUUUUUAGACACAGGGACAGGUAUCUCAGGCACAAACAAGAAGCCCUACUGCACUUGUUGAUGGACGAUCAACACUGGGUCCAAGAAUUGCAAGAAAAAGGAGGCACGAGACCAUUGAAACUGCCGCCAGAAUUCAUGGAAGCACAAAUGAACAUUCUUCAGCCACUUUAGAGGGAUUGUUCUACACUUUGCAGAAAAGAUGCAAAUUGGAUACUCUCACAAAUUAUGUGACAGGGAACAAGCAGUUGACUAAUAGAGUAGUUUCUAAAGAGUAUAAGAAAAAAGUUUUAAAAUUUGAAAAGUCAGAUGACAACAUUGUACGAAGUAUUGCAACAUAUUAUGCAAGUGGUGUAAAGGGCAAAAGAAAGUGCAAAAGUGUUAGACUGGUGCUUUCGAUGAAAUCAAAUGAAAGUAAACCAGGGAAAAGAACAAGCAUUUCAAUUUGUAAAGGCUGUAAGGUACCAAAGCUUUUCACUUAUAGUAACCUUGUGGAACAGUUAAAAAAGAUUGAUAUUGGAACUGUUCAUGAAAUUGACCCAGACUAUCUAGAGGGCUUAAAAACUGAAAACUCAGUGAAUGGUGCAUAA